AACUUCCCUCUCCACCACCCCCUCCGUUGACAUCCCUCUCUCACUCUAAAUAAUGCAAGGUGUCCAGCGCCGCCACUGCUCGGACGAGAUCGUCCGCCUCGACCUCGCUCCGGAGGUUCCGCCGCCUCCUCCGCCUCAGCCCUGCUCCCUCUCCAUCGAUGAUGACGAGUCCACCGAGGCGAGGAUCCAGCGGCUGAUCUCGGAGCACCCCGUCAUCAUCUUCAGCCGCUCGGCCUGCUGCAUGUGCCACGUCAUGAAGCGGCUCUUCUCCACCUUGGGUGUCCACCCCGCCGUGAUCGAACUCGACGACUCCGAGAUCUCUGCCCUACCCUCUUCUCCCGCCCCGGCCGUCUUCAUCGGGGGCACCCCCAUCGGCGGCCUCGAGUCCCUUGUCGCCCUCCACCUCAGCAACCGCCUCGUCCCUAAGCUCAUCGAAGCCGGCGCCCUCUGGCCGUAAUAUAAUCAUUUCCCAACAUAUAUCUAUGAAAUAAUAAUAAUAAUAAUAAUAAUAAUAAUAAUAAUAAUAACAAUAAUAACUAUUAUUCCUUAAGCAAAAUUUGAAAAUGAAGUUCCCUGAAAAUCAGAGGAGUUUAUGCUCCGGAUCCCGCACGUAUAUGUUGUCCGACUUCAGCUCGAUAUAUAUUUCUGGUCUUGAAUCUUGAUCAGUGGGGGAUAGAUCGUAGUAGUUCCAGUGGUUGUAUUGUAAUCCGACAGAAAAUUAGGCAGAAUGAUCAAUUAAGGAUUUUCUUUUCCUCCUCUUUUGUUUUUUACUUUUGAUUUGGUAUUUUGUUUGUUAUGGUUUGGGACUUUCUUGCUGUAGUGAGGUGAUGAUGGGGCCAAUGAUGAUGAAAGGUGUGUAGGGAGAAAUACAAUUAUUUUGCAUCAGACUGGGCCCCACCUUACAAUUAUUAAGCAAUCAAGACCGUCCAAAAUGUAUUCUGCAGUGUAUAUCUCCAACGAUGGAAAAAGAACCCCAAAAAAGAAGAAGAAGAAGAAGAGGUUUGUAUUGUAGUGGUGUUCUAAUUGUUAUCACGUUCUUGCUAUUCCAAGGAAUCCUUAGUUACUUUACUAGUUAAAUACGAGAAUUUAAUGUAUGAUAAUAUAGAAUCCCCCGAUAUUUUGGGUAAUUGUGUUCAUUUUUUCUA